AAACUGCUUCCAUUUCUCACUUUUUUUCACUUUUCACUUUCUCUUUUCUAUCUCCAUGAUUCCACAAAAACCGGAAACCGCCAUUUUUGCAACUCUCACCUCCAACAGCUAUUUUUCCUAGGGUUUCUUCAUCCUUCUUUGUAUUGUUUGUCUGAUCUUCCUCCUUUUCUCUCUUCGAUUCUUCCAUGUCGUCGUCGUCGUCGUCAUCGUCCAUGUUUUGCUUCAAUUCCAAUUGUAAAGCUUCGACCUCUGAAAACUGGAAGAAAGGAUGGCGUCUUCGCAAUCAUGAGUUCGCUAGACUCUGUCAUCGUUGCGGAUUAAUCUAUGAUGAAGGAAGAUUUUGCGAGAUCUUUCACAAAUGUGCAUCUGGUUGGAGAUGUUGUGAGACUUGUGGGAAGGGAGUUCACUGUGGAUGUAUUGCCUCACUACAUAUGUUUCGUUUACUGGAUGCUGGUGGAGUUGAGUGCAUGAUAUGUGUGAAAAGGAAAAUGACUUUGAUACCAAAUCAAAUGUGUCCAAAUCGACCUUUACCUGGUUGGCAAUUACAAUUGCCUUUGAAGAACUGGAACCAGACACCCGGAUCUGCUUUGAAUGGAAUAUGGUAUUUAGGAAAGAAUUUGGCGAACAAAACUGCUGAUCAUGUGAAUUCUAAAUCAAGGACAUUCUUUGAACAUGACACACCUUUUGGAUUUGAAAGAUUGUGCCUAAGUGAUCGUGUAGCUGCCUUCCCACCAGAAAGGAAUAGAGCUCCGGAAUGGUCUUCCUGUAACGAGAGCUCUAGGCUUCUUAGUUUGGGGAAGUAUGUAUUUGGAAAGCCAGUUGUCAAUAUCAGAAAGGGAUGUGAUUGCUGUCAUAACCUUCAGCCCAUUUUAAAGGAUGGGCAAUGUGCACCACUUUCAGAAUUAGCAUCAAGUUCUUCAUUGAUUACCCCAGAAGAUAAUAAUGUUAGGAGUUGCAGUGUGCUCUCACAACAGCUUAGCCCCCAGGAUAUUUCAGGGAAGCAACUAAGUGUAAAUACUGAUAAUCUAAGCUCUUCUUGUCGGAGUCAAAUAAAUAAUCUUAAGCCAGUAGAACCGAGGGUUUGGAAGGAGUUGCAUGCCUCUUGCUUGCCCAAGAUAUCUGAUGAAAAGUUGCAUCAAAUCUCAGGGAGUGCGCAUUUUGUUAUAACUCCAUUAUUUGAGAAACUCUUAAGUGCUAGUGAUACUGGUGGAGUUGGGCGUUCGGCGCUUGCAAAGAAGUCUGCCGAGAACGAAUAUGCUGUCAAAACUCUGAGUGAAACGCACUCAGGAUUUGAUGAAAGUAAUCAGAUACCUAAGCUCAAGGAAGAUCCAACUAAGUUUCAUUUGAAAGGAUGUGUAAAGAACAAAACCACUGGAGGCAACUCAGCUACUCCUACUAAAAGGAAGAGUUGCAUGUUGAAUCCAAAGAGUAAAUACUCAAGGCUUAAUAAUAUGGACUUCUUAGGGAUGGAAGUAACUUUAGAAGAGGCACAAGAAUUAUUCAGAUCACCUCUCAAUCAUGCCCCUCAGGUUGUAGUAAUUGAAGAGUUUGAGUUUGAGGAAUAUGAGGAUGCUCCAGUCAUUGGGCGGCCAACAAUAAUUGUUAGAGAUUCUCUGGGAAAAGACUUCCAAUGGGUCCAAUGCGAUAAUUGUUUGAAAUGGAGAAAACUACCCUUUGAUUAUCGUCUUCCAGCAAGAUGGACAUGCGUAGAGAAUAUGUGGAACCCUGAGAGAUCAUCAUGUGGGGCACGCCAAGAGAUCUCCGCAGAACAACUAAAUAGUCUCUUGUCUGUGAAGAGUUCUGAAUCACUUGGAGCAGCUGCUUCUAAGCAGAUGGAGGAUGCUGAACUGGAUGCCUGGGCUUUUGAAGAUCCAAAAGCAAAUGACAAUGUUAUCGCCGAAGAUUACUGUGAAGAUAGUCCAUCAUCUACACAACCGACUACCAAACAUCCUCGUCACGAACUUGGAUGCUCUUGUAUUGUGUGUUGUCAACCACCUAGUGGAGGGCCAAAACACCUACCGAACUGUAGCUGUAAGGUCUGCAUGAUGGUCAAGCGGCGGUUGCAGUCAAAGAUGUUUCGCCGUGAAAGAAACCAAACCGAAUUAAAAAGUGUGAUUCAGGAGUGCAAGUCACAAGGGAAUUUCAGAUCACCCAAAAGAUCCAACUUGGUAGUUGAUCUCCAAGAAGGCAACAGCAAAGGAUGUUCUAAUGUUGACACAGAACAGACGAUUGUUUCUGUGAAGUGCCAAAUCGACCUGAACUGCCAACCAGAACGAGAAGAUGGUUCAUCUUGUUGUAAAUCCUCUUCAACAAAGAUAUUGCAGGAUGCCGCAAACAGAGCAGUGCCCAACUUAAGCGGCAGCAUAAACUUUAAAAACUAUGGGCAAUGUGAACGGUGAUAAUAAUGGCAUUUCGGAACAUCAACCGGUUUCAGUUAUGCAUUAAGCUGCUACAUCAAUCAGUGCCCUGCAAGGCGGUAGGAUUGGUGGCCUAGUUUGGUCGGGACAGGGCUAAUUUACAUGGAAGAGUUGGGGAACACUAAUUUUUACGUCGAUCCAUGUCAUAGUCCAUGCUGUUGUAUACGAAAAGCUAUUAGGAGCAGAAGGCCUGUUUAACAGAGAUGUACAAAUUUCAUUCAAGCUCAGCUUACCUGCUGUUGGUGGUGUAUAACUCUAGGUGUAAGUGUAGAAGUGUAACUGGAUUAUAGUUAUGUACUCUAUUUGAACAGUUUAGUGUAUCAUUUCAAGUUAUCAGCAUUUAUCCCCAAGUCCUUAAAACCUGAAAACGGUUGUAGAUUUCAAAAUUCGUGAUAAGUGUAUUGUAGAGUUUUGCAAAUGGUUGAUUAUUACUUAAUAGCACUUAUUACUUGAAAUGAUCAUGUACUUAAAACAUGCUUUGCUCGAAAUACAUAUAUGAUUCUUUUCA